GUUGGGACUUUCUGGAAAGAGAGGGAGUUUGAACCUGGACACUGGGAAAGAAGGCUGCAUUGUAUCACCUCAGUGACGAAUCACAUGCUUGGAUUGAAGUGUGGAGUCCAGUUUUGCUGCUGGUGGUCAGGAACCUUCAGAUCACUUCAAAAGCAGAUUUUAUUCGUCCUGUGAGAAACGGUCAUGGGUGCUGAGCCUGUUUAUGUUUCUGUGAGCCUGAACCCACCGUGUUUUUGAGUGGGAGCUCUGAACAUGUUAUUGUGCUGAAACAAAUGAGGGGUUGGAGUGGCGCACAGCAGACACAGAGCAUACUCCUGUCAGGAUAACAGCCAGGCUGCCGCUGGACUGGAAUUUGAUCUUCACCCUUCAGCUCAAUCUGCUGCUGUCACGGUGGACAGGAACAGUGUGUGACUGCGUCUCAGAGACUCAUAUGGUCUCCACUGCAUUUUAUUCCGAGGAGUCAGCCUGAAGCAGAAACAUGUGAUGUACAGUACGUGGGAAGAGCGCCCAGAUAUGCUCAACUAUGCAGCUGCUGAAAAACACAUAGAGGGACCACUUAUUCAAGACAAAAACUGUGAUUUACAUUUAUGAAGGAUCCUGUUUGAAACCGUAAUACCAGGUUAUUAGAGAAUACUUGACUUGAGAGUUGAUCUGGAUUUCAUCUUUAUCAGUUGUACUUUUAAGUUCAUUUUGAGGAAAGUACUUUUUCUUAAACCUGCACCAUCUGUGUCAUUUAAAAGAAAGUUAUUACCUAACUCUGUAGUAUGUCCUAUAAUGGUAUACUGCAUUCUCAGUGUUAUUAGAUAUCUAGAUGUCGUCCCUGUCUUUUGAAGUUAGUCACUCUCCGUCUCGUAGCGAUGGGAUUUAAUUUUAUUGGUCUCAUGUCUGUAUCCUGUCUGUGGCAGGAAGGAGAAGUAAUCGACAAUGUGACAUCAGUGCAAACACGGCACUUUCUCACUGACUGGGUUUAAAGUUCAAACUCUGUGGCAAAGGCAGGAGGCUAUAAUGUGUGCAAGUGUUUAAGUCACUGUCACUGGUCACAGUAUCUCCCAUCAGGGCGACCAUUAGAGACGCUUUUUUGCCAAAAUAAGCAAUUGACUGUCAAAGAAGCGCUGAGCUUCUUAAGCAUUACAAAUAGUUUUGAAUGGUGUUCUGUCUCCAGUGUCACUUUGAUCCCCGAGCUUGGCCUGAAUAUUCCUGGAUCUGUAAGGACUCGCAUCCGGACUGUGUUUCUGGAGUUUGCAUCAGGCCAGAGUGGAAUGUUUGGCCGUCUGUACCUCCAGAUGUGUGUGGAUGCUGGAGCAAGACCAGCACACUGUGAAUGACUCACUCACACAUACACACACUUGUGCUGUGGACGUCAGGGAUCUUGAUUCACUCUCACAGCUGGAGCACACAAAAUCCAAACUGAUCAAUGGAGUGCAUAUGUGUACAGGCAGCUGGAUCCCAUGAAGAUCCGAUUCACAACGGGAGUCCGGUCGUGAUCUCCUCCUAUGCCUUACAGUUAGAACUAGACUGCACUGAUGGAGGAGGAGGUAAUUAUGACAUAGUGAACAACGCUGUGAUCUCAACACCUGGCCCACAAAACCACAGAGUCCAAAAUGUGUCCUUACGGCAGAGCUGGGAGAUGAACUACCAAGAGGCAGCCAUCUACCUGCAGGAAGGGGAGAACAAUGAUAAGUUCUUCACCCAUCCUCGAAACCCAAAGGCGCUGGCAGCUUACCUUUUUGCACACAACCACUUGUUCUACAUGAUGGAGCUGCUUACAGGCCUGCUGCUGAUGAUGCUGUCGCUGUGUGAAGCUCCCGCUGUGCCCUCGCUGCGCCUGGAUGUCUAUGUCCAUGCCACUCUGGAGCUGCUGGCUUUGGUUAUGGUGGCAUUUGAGCUAUGCAUGAAACUCCGCUGGUUAGGGUUCCACACCUUCAUACGACACAAGAGGACCAUGGUGAAGACCUGUGUGUUGCUGCUACAGUUCGUGGAGGCCAUAGUGGUUCUGAUAAGACAGACGUCUCACGUGAGAGUGACCAGAGCUCUCAGACCAAUAUUCCUGGUGGACUGUAGAUACUGUGGUGCUGUGCGCAGAAACUUGCGUCAGAUCUUCCAGUCCCUCCCGCCUUUUAUUGACAUCCUCCUACUGCUGCUCUUCUUCAUGGUUAUAUUUGCUAUCUUGGGUUUCUGCCUCUUCUCUCCGAACAGUGCUGACCCGUACUUCAGCACUCUGGAGAACAGCCUCGUCAGUCUGUUUGUGCUGCUGACCACAGCAAAUUUCCCAGAUGUGAUGAUGCCAUCGUACUCCAAGAACCGCUGGUCCUGUGUUUUCUUCAUUGUUUACCUCUCCAUAGAGCUCUACUUCAUCAUGAACCUGCUCCUGGCAGUGGUGUUCGACACGUUUAAUGACGUCGAAAAGAUGAAGUUUAAAUCUCUUUUACUUCAUAAACGCUCUGCUAUUGACCACGCCUUUCAGCUGUUAGUCAGCCGACAGAGGCCGAUGGGCGUGUCGCUGAAACAGUUUGAUGGUCUGAUGCGAUUUUACAGACCACGGAUGUCUGCAAGAGACCGCUUCCUCACAUAUAAAGCUCUUAACACCUCAGGGGCUCCGAUGCUCAGUCUGCAGGACUUUUAUAAGUUCUAUGAAGUCACUGGCCUUAAAUGGAAGGCAAGACGCAGUGGAGAACAUUGGUUUGAUGACCUUCCCCACACAACCUUCCUCAUUUUCAAAGGCAUCAACCUGCUUGUGAAGUCGAAGGCCUUCCAGUAUGCCAUGUAUGCGGUGGUGGCCAUAAACGGUGUGUGGAUCCUCGUGGAGACGUACACGUACAAUAGUGGAUUUUCCUGGUCCAGAUUGGUUCCCUGGAGUUACAUUGUUUUUCUGACCAUUUAUGGUGUAGAGGUGUUAUUGAAAAUAACUGGUUUGGGGCCAAUGGCUUAUUUCAGCUCUGGGUGGAAUCUGUUUGACUUCUCAGUGACAGUGUUUGCCUUCCUCGGCCUGAUCGCUCUUGCCUUCGAUAUGGAGCCUUUUUACUUUAUUGUAGUUCUUAGACCACUUCAGCUGCUCCGGUUGUUUAAGAUAAAGCAGAGGUAUCGUAAUGUGUUGGACACCAUGUUUGAGCUCUUCCCCAGGAUGGCAAGUCUGGGGCUGACCUUGAUCAUCUUCUACUACUCCUUUGCAAUUGUUGGGAUGGAGUUCUUUGCAGAUGUGGUUUACCCCAACUGUUGCAACACCAGCACAGUGGCAGAGUCCUACAGACUGAGGAACAUCACCGAUGGCAACAGAACAGUGUUGGAAGAAGGCUACUAUUAUCUCAAUAACUUCAACAACAUCCUCAGCAGCUUCGUGACUCUGUUUGAACUGACUGUGGUCAAUAACUGGUACAUUACCAUGGAAGGAGUAACCUCAAUGACCACCCACUGGAGCCGGCUCUACUUCAUGACCUUUUACAUAGUUACCAUGGUGGUGAUGACCAUCAUUGUGGCGUUCAUUUUGGAUGCAUUUGUGUUCCGCAUGAACUACAGCCGCAAGAACCGGGAACCAGUAGAAAACCCGGAGGAUGAGAACGGAAUAGUUUUUGAAGUAGAGGUGAGUCGUGAUGAAGCGCUGGCCACUCUGGAGCUGUACAAACAGACUUGCCCAGGACUGUCUUCCCUCAGCUCUCUACAGGGAGUCCUCCAGACUAUGGACAGGGGAGGGCACUUGUCUCUGGUGUACCUCGGUCGCAGAUCUAGGACAAAGAGUGACCUCAGCAUGAAAAUGUAUGAGGAGGAGAUACAGCACGAGUGGUAUGCAGAGUAUUCAAGGGAAAACCUGCCUGAGCAAGACCAAAGCGUGGAGCGGGAACUGGACAGUCCCGUCUCUGUCCCGUCUUCCUUCCCAGAGCCUCAGCUUAACUCACAGACUGGACCUCACAGUGUCAACUAAUGCACAGCUCGCAAGCCGUAAAUACACAGCACCAUCUCAGCGUUUUUAAAUGCAAAGAAACCCCUGUCACUCCAGGUCUUCUCCAGUUCCCCCACGCUCCCCGUUUGUCACAGUGGGAAACAAGUCCGGGACCUUUUUGGACUGAUGUCAGAGUGAGAUGAGUUAAUGACGAUUCCUUGUGGGAGGCGUCACCACAGAAAGACAGACAGACGGCAGAGCAGGUCUGUUGCCCGACCAGUAAAGCGGGAGCAUUGCCCUCUUUUGGCCUUUUCAAAGACUGCAGCCAAUAUUACCAGGGAGCCUGUACUCCUACAGUACGUUGUGUAUGUAUACUGCUGUAGGCCUUUUGUGACCUCUUGUAAUUCCUGUAGUACUUAAACCUGAUGCCUUAGUUAAAUGGCUCAUCUGAUCAGUAUUAACAGACACUACAUCUAAGACCAAAAGUAUAAACACUCCUUUAAGCUAAACCCAACAAAACAAUUACGCUGUAUCUCCUGACUAAUGUCUCAACAGAUUCAAAGUAUUUUACUUUUAUAUAACUUCUUAUUCUGUAAUGUAUUUGAGUUAGUUAAG